UAUCUCUCAACCCCUAAACCCUAAAACAAAGCCAUGGCUCAAUCAAGGAGUGCUUUAUCUAUUUCUAUUCUGUUCCUUCUGCUCUUGUUCAUCCACUUUCCUGGAGGGCCUAUAAAGGUUGUUAGUGAGGAUGAGAAUAAGACCUGGUGUGUUGCUAAGCCUUCAGCAACUGAUUCAGAGCUCUCUGCAAACAUUCAGUUUGCCUGCAACCAAUUGAAGGAUUGCAAGGUGAUACAAGAAGGAGGCUCAUGCUAUAACCCCAACUCACUCAUUAACCAUGCCUCAGUGGUGAUGAAUCUUUACUAUAAAGCGGUAGGCCAAAACAGCUGGAAUUGUGACUUCAGAGGAUCUGCUCUCAUCACUCAGACUGAUCCAAGUUAUGGUAACUGCAAGUAUGCAUAGCAGGCAUACAAAGUUUCUCGAUUUUAAUUGCCUCGAAUAAUAUGAGAAGAAAUCCCCUUAUUCUCUUGAAUUGGUUCUUUUCUAGGAUUUUUACAUGUAGUCUUCAAUGUAGUAGUGUGAACUUUUCAUUUGGGUGUACUGGUGUUGGUAUUUUUCAGCAGAGUGAUU